UAGUCAUCAUGGCCACUACACACGCCACACACAGCUUGUAUUGUUGGCAAGUGCCUAGUGUGAAGCAAAGCUGACUGCUUGCUCGCUCUUUUAGUGUAGACUUCCUGCUGCGCUACGUUUGUGUCCGUCUGCUGACAGCAGGCAACAAGCCGCCACAGCCACGCCCUACCCCUGACAGUUCUCCUGACACUAACACCACUACUUCCAGGAGAGUAGAAGUAGCAAGCCAGCUAACCCUGCCACUCACCUCCGGCCUCCUGCUGGACAAUCAGAUGUGAUUAGGCGCGCAGCACCAAAGACUGGAGGCGAGCGCAUAGAGCUCGUGGACUAACUGGGUACACAGGUCGGUGAUGGAGAACGCAUCUGGAGUGGACUACAUUAGCCACGCCGCCUCUAGUAACCACAACUCUGUGCCAGAGCAUGGCCCCUUGGUCAACCUCGUCGUGCCAGUGAUCAUGUUCGCUUUGGGCGUGCUGGGAAACAUGGUGGCCUUGUUCGUCCUCUGGCGCUCUCGCCGCCAGAACGUCCAUUCUGUCUUUUACAGACUGGUAGCCGGCCUUGUGGUCACCGAUCUCUUCGGCACCUUAGUUACCUCCCCUAUAACCAUAGCCGUGUACAGCAACGACAGGCAGUGGUUGGGUGGUUCCACUUUGUGCUCUUUCUUCUCUUUCAUGCUGAUUUUUGCUGGGCUUGGGACAGUUUUCAUCAUAGGCACCCUCGCUGUGGAGCGCUAUCUGGCCAUCCUGCACCCCUUCAUUUACGAGAAACACGUGUGGCCACCCCGAGUGAAGUGGGCAUUGGGCUUGACCUGGAUCCUGGCCGUUCUCGUCUCGAGCUUGCCGCUAGUCAGGGUGGGCACCAACGUCUUGCAGUACCCGGGUACCUGGUGUUUCUUUGAUUUCUACAGCCACGCCACACCAGAUAGGGCGUUUUCUUUCUUGUAUGCUGCUCUAGGUUUGCUGGUCAUCGCCCUCACCGUGAUCACCAACGUGGCAGUCAUGGCGGAACUGUUGCGCAUGCGUCGCAUCACUAAGACAACGGGUAAGAGUCGCGAUGGUCGCACACUCAACAUGACAGCAGAGAUGCAAAUGAUAUUCUUUGUGGUAGGCGUCAUCCUGGUGUUUGCCUCUUGCUACACUCCGCUUAUGGUUAGAGUCAUCAUUAAUGCAUCAAAUGUUCUGCCUCAAGACAAGGCCACUGAUCUUGCCGUCAUCAGACUGGCAUCUCUCAACCAAAUAUUUGACCCCUGGGUGUAUUUGCUCCUUCAACGUCGCCUUAUGACAUGUUUGUAUUCUGCAUGUAAAUCAGUGCCACAAAACCAAAUGUCCUUGGAAAAAUUCCAAUCAUCUGUAAAGUCUGAUGCUUUUAGCAGCUCCAAGCAGAUGCCCUUGUCAAAAGUAGGCCCUGUGUGAGUUCCUAUACCUUUAGAAGCUCUAAUCCCAUGUUUAGUGUUGAAAUGAAUUAAGAAACCAAAAUGUAUAUCAAACAGUGAGGACCCAGUAAUAUUACAGCAAUAAAGUUACAUUUGUUUGAUGUACCGUACCUUUCAAAAUCUUCCCCUCCAUUGUUGGAGUUGACAAAGUUAUUAAGCUUUUAUCCAGCUCUGAGUUUAAGUGGAUUUAACACAGGAGGGUUAGACUGAAUCAUCACAAGAUCAUGGAAACCCUGGAUAGGCAGGUGGAUUUUAUUUUUAACUUUCCUCCAGAGGCCAUAGUUGUGAAGAGGCGUUACCCUGGGGCAACAUGGGGAUUUCAAGGCCAGGUGUCUUGUUUACGAAGUUAUAAACCAAUGUCCAGACUCAGUGGCAAAGGUGACCUUAGGUCUGGACAAUGCUUUAUAAUUUUGGAAACAAGAUGUUUUUUCUUGAGUUCCCCCAUGUUCCCCAAGGGCAAUGCCUGACCCUUGCUUCAUAACUGUGGCCACUGGUGUUUAUUCUCCUAAAUCUGGUCAAAGGUCAAAAAUGAAAUAAAUUAUUUUGUUGUAAUUCUCAUUCUUUGAAGUCCUCCUGCUGUUUACCUGUAGUGAGUGUUGGUUAAAAUAAAACAAUAACAAUUAAAGUGC